AGACAGAGAGAGGGGGGGAGAGAGAGAGAGAGAGAGAGGGAGAGGGAGAGAGGAAUCCGAAUCCCCAACCAAACAAAACCCACCAAGCCAAGCAAAGCUCUGACACCCCUUAUCAUCUUCCUCCCACAUGGCCUCUUGCUGCUGUCCCUACCCACAAGUCAAAUAGAUAAUUGUUCAGUUUGACCUUCUCCCCCCCCCCCCCCCCCCCCCCCGACGGCGACACGAAGCGUCCCUGCUUAACAGUAUAAUGACGAUGAUUGAAAACUCUGUUUGUUUUCUGGGCGUGAGAUUUUUCUGAGCUGAGCUGCCUUUUUCUGGGACUGAGGGGAUCAUAGAGAGAGAGAGUGGGCUACGGGCCUGACAGGGCCGAGAUCGAGGCACCCUUUUUGGAGGAUUGAUCGGUAAACAAGAAUGGUGGGUCUGUUCUCAAGGUUCUCUGUCAGCAGAGCCGGCCAUCGACGAGCUCAGAGUGCCCUUGAAGGGAGGGAGGUGCUGCCCUCGAACUCGGAGAUUGCCGGUUCAGCUACUGCCACAACCGCCAUCUCUCAUGGGAUUGAAGUGGCGGUAGAGUUCAAACCUGUUGAACACCCGAUUGAGCCUCUUGAUAAUGACAGACCAAUUCAAUGCCCGUUGCCUGAACCUUCAAUACUCAAUGAUGGGAGAAUAUGGAAGGAGAGAGUAUCUGCUAGCGUGAGGCGGAGACCCGACCUACCGAUGAUGAAGGAAGAAGGGUCUAUCGACCCGGAGACUGGAGUCCCCGGGCAAAGAUCAGUCCAGACUGACCGCCGUAUCUUGCCCUCCAUCAGUGCCCCUGAACACAAUCUCCUAAAGCUGCUCGAAGAAUGCAAUGCAUCAGGAAUAUAAAGAAAAAACUGAUUCUCGGCAGGAACUUGCUGUAGAAAUUCAUCAUCUGCCCUUUUUUACGCCCUUUUUUACCGUUUGUAUCUGAUUUAGAUCCUUUUUCUCCUUUUCUGUUUCGUUUCUGUUUCUCCUUUCACUUCUGAAAGGAUACACAUCCAAUAGGUGAAUCGGUGCAAAGUUAUGUGUGAUUUAUGAAAUAAUAUCUUAUAAUCCAUACGAAAUUUUCGAUUUUGCCACA